AAUAAAAUAUUUAUAUAAAAAAAAAGAGAGAGAAAUAUGGGUGUUAUAUAGGGAUUGUGCAAUUGAGUUUGAACAGAAGAGGGGUUAGGGUUUGCUUGUAAACAAUCAGAGCUACAGAUACAAAGAUGGGUAGCGAAGAGGAAUCGAUCGAGCAAGCCGUUGCUUCACGUCGAGAAAGACUCCUAGCUCUAAGAGCCGCUCAAGAAUUAUCCAAUGCCACCGAACCCGAAUCUAACAGCAACGACGAUCAACACGAACAACCACAACCACCACCAACUGUUACUGAUAACCAAGAAGAAGAUGAUGAAGAAGAGGAAAAACCAAGCAUGAAGUUCCGUAACUAUGUUCCUCACGAUAAACAUCUUCAAGAAGGAAAGCUUGCACCUGCAGUGCUUCCUAAAUUCGAAGAUCCUGUUUCUGUUCCUGAGCCUGAACCUGAAACUCAACCUAAGGAGGAUCCGUUUCUUAAUAUUGCUCCUAAGAAACCGAAUUGGGAUUUGCGUAGAGAUGUGCAGAAGAAGCUUGAUAAGCUCGAGAAACGAACUCAGAAGGCUCUCUAUCAACUCAUGGUGGAACAAGAGAAGCAAAAUCAGUUGGCCGAAGGAGAUGAUACAAAUGGCGUCAAAGAUUAGGAUGUAAUUUCUUGCACUGAAGUUCUAUUGAAGCAAUAUUCUCAAAAUUCGUAUCCCAUUAAGUUUGCUUAACGCAUAUUACUCUGGAAUGAAAUAUAAGUAAAAAGGGUAACCGAAAAAUUAAUGUAUUUGAUCUUAAUUUUUAACUAGAUACAUCAACUUUUCAAUUAGUAUUUUUGUUUAUAUUUUAUUCCGGAGGGACUAUACAAUUGGGGAUCAGAUACUCAUGUUCUUGCAACUUUUCAGCAUAUCUGAAUGUUCUCAUAUAGAGAUCAAAUUCUCGCAAUCCAAAAGCAAAACGGGUGUUUAAAUUGUCAUAUAUAACAUUGUCCAAGUUUCAAAUAUCGGAUAUGUAAAGAUUUUGGAGUUAUGAAGAAAUUGUUUGUUUUGAAGUUAUGUCAAAGUGAGACGAAGAAAUGUAUGCUUAAAGCUUAAUUAAGAGGUUAAUAUCUUUCUGAAA